CAUUUCACCUUCAAACUUGUCUUACCUAUGGCAUUCAGGAGGCAAGUGAAAAACUUCAUGAAAAAUUACUCAGAUGCUGAAAUAAAAGUCAGAGAAGCAACUUCUAAUGACCCUUGGGGUCCUUCUAGUUCUCUGAUGUUAGAUAUCAGUGACCUGACCUUCAACACAAUUUCUCUGUCAGAGAUUAUGAAUAUGCUAUGGCAGAGACUCAAUGAUCACGGGAAGAACUGGCGCCAUGUGUAUAAAUCCCUUACGCUAAUGGAUUAUCUCAUCAAGAAUGGAUCAAGGAAAGUUAUUCAGCAUUGCAGAGAGGGGUUCUGUAACCUUCAAACACUAAAAGAUUUUCAACACAUAGAUGAAGCUGGAAAAGACCAAGGUUAUUAUAUCCGGGAAAAGUCUAAGCAAGUCAUAACAUUGCUGAUGGAUGAACAGUUGCUGCGUAGAGAGAGGGAAGUAGCAUGUCGGACAAGACAGCGCACCUCCUACUCUAUGACAUUUCCUAAAAGAUUACCUGGUACAGCUAACUCACCAACAGCAUGUGCUUCUGCCCACACACCAGAAACUCCUGCUUCAGAGAAGAAACGUAAACUUCUUAAGGUUGCAAGCCUACAUAAUAAAAAAAAUGCUUCCAAGGCAGGAUUGAAACAAGAGCAGUGCCAAGACACUCAGCUGCGUAGUGGGACUGUGUUGUCCCAGGAAACACUACCAGUCAAGAUUAAUACUUGGAAAUCCACAGAGGACCUGAUGUUAUUUUGUGAGGAUGAUCCAAAGCCACUUUUGCCGACAAUUCCUCCUUCCAUUAUCUCAUCAACUAAAUGGUUAUCAGAAGGGCUAGCAGACGUUUGUAACCUCUGGGAUGCAGAUGCUGUGCCUGCUCCCUCAGAAAAGAGCCCAUCUCUGCAGACAAAUGUGAGUUUGGACAAGACAUCAGACCACACCAUUACAAAUACUGUAACCGAACGCUCUUUGCAAAUGCCUCUAGAAAUGCAGUCAGCUGCAAGAAGUUUUGAAACGUUGACAGCUUUACCGCCAUUUUGGUCACCGGAUAAAGAAGAGUUUAUCAGCCCUAAUUUAAGGAUGUCAAAGUCUGAUUCUACUUUCUAUAAUCAGGUCUCUGUAGAGACACUCUAUGUCUCUCCCUCAUUUAAAACAUUUAACCCAGUGAAGGAGAUUGUAAGCAACAAGGACUUUCAGAAGCCAACACAAUCCAGCAUUGCUCAGAUGGAUGAGGAAAACCUCAAGCCUGUGACCACAUGGGUUUCAACCACCUCUGAAGGAACAUCCUCCUUUCCCACUUUAUCUGUGUCACCUCCUGAUUCAGCCUCUCCAGAGAAGUCUGUUCAUCUCUCCUACCCGAUUUUGGCGGGACCUUCCUUCUGGACUCUGUCCCAUCAACAGUCUUCUGCCUCCUUUAAGGAUGAAGAUAAGACAGCCAGGGCUCAUCACCCCUUAGCUCUUAGGGGCCUCGUGUCUUCUGAUGAGGAGGAAAAUGACAACCUCAAUCUCCUGGAACGUCUUCCAGAGAACUCUGAGUCUGCCAGGAAGCAGACAAGUCCUGCUUCUGGCAGUAAUUGGGCAGAGUUUUCCACCGCAAACGUAGACCACUGCACCUCUAUGUCCUGUCUGAGUUUUCAGACAACUGAAGGUCUGCCGAAAGAGCCUGAAGGAAACAAUUCCAUUAAGGUUCUCCUCGGGGAGGUGAAAAAUGCCAUAGUCAAACUACACGAAGACCUGAGCAUGGUGAUACGGGAACUUCAUGUCAUCAAUAGCCAUCUGGUGAGCAUGAGUGGGAAUAGUCCGCAACUAAGCAAAUCUUCACCACUUCCCCAGUCUUCUGAGGGGACCUCAGAUCACAUCUAAUAAGCUCCAGAGCCAUUUUUGGUAGAACUCCUGUGGUUCCACUUCCCAAAGACUAAGUUAACCUCCUAUAGAUUCUCAUUAUUAUGGGAAAAAUAGGGUGGUGGUUUGAUUUUUCCUUGUCAGGCUUAUUAACAAAUCUCUUUCAAACCAAUAAUCUCAUUUGGUUUAUUUUUUAAAGAGAAAAGGUAUCACCUUUGAUAAUAUUAUCAGACUUAGAUAUGAACUAAUGUUCCUUUGAAACUGAGGAAAAUUUCAUUCUUCCACGCUUUGGACUUUACCUCAAAAUAUGUUAAACAUUAGUGGAAGUUGUGAGAAGACAAACUGCAAAUGGCUAUUCUAGAGCAUUUGGAUAAGCAGGCAGUAGGAAGCCCUUCAUAGCCUGGCUAGGUGUUUCCUAUGGUCUCAUGCCAAGUUUCAGAUUCCCCAAACCAAGGGCCAGCAUCUUUCCCUUCUUGUGGCUGCCACCGUUGGUUAGGGGUUAAGUUGAGACAAGUAGGACACGGAACAGCAGUUUUUACUGUUAAUGUAUAUUGCAAAGUGAAUUCA